ACGCCAAGUCGCCAACCUUCUCCCUUUCUCGCCACUACAUAUACACACGCUGACACACCCCUCUCCCUCACACCUCGAUCUCUUGCCAUCUCUCGAGCUACCUUUGUCUCUCUUUCCAUCUCUAGCACGUCCGCUGACACUGUUACAUCAUCGGCUAUGGCGAGAAGCCAGCAUUACAUCCUCCUGGCCGUCGCCGUCGCGGCAAUGACGUUGGCGCUGCUGGCUUCCCCGGUGGCGGCGGAGAAGAGCUUCAACAUCACCAAGAUCCUGGCGGCGCACCCGGAGUUCUCCAAGUUCAACGCGAUGCUGAGCAAGACGCGGCUGGCGUACGACAUCAACCGGCGGCAGACCAUCACCGUGCUGGCCGUGGACAACGCGGCCAUGGCGGGGCUGGACCAGUACUCGCUGCCCACGGUCCGCCACAUCCUCUCCCUGCACGUCCUCGUCGACUACUACGGCGCCAAGAAGCUCCGCGGGCUCUCAAACGGAGCCACCGCCUCCGCGUCCAUGUUCCAGGCCACCGGAGCGGCGGGGGGCAUGUCGGGCUACGUGAACAUCACUUCCCACAAGGGCGGCAAGAUAGACUUCGUCUCCCAGGACGCCGACGACACCACGACGCCGUCCCGCUACGUCAAGUCCAUCAAGGAGCUCCCCUACGACAUCGCCGUGCUCCAGAUUAGCUCCGUGCUCUCCUCCUCCGAGGCCGAGGCGCCCGUCCCGCCGCCGGCGCCCGUCGACCUCGUGGAGCUCCUCUCCAAGAAGUACUGCAAGUCCUUCGCGGAGCUCGUCGCCGGCAACGCCGACGUGUUCCAGGCGCUCAACGAGACCAAGGACAACGGGCUCACGCUCUUCUGCCCCGUCGACGCCGCCGUGGCCGCCUUCGCGCCCAAGUACAAGAACCUCACGGCCAAGGCCAAGACAGCCAUCCUGCUCUACCACGCCGUGCCGGACUACUUCUCGGUGCAGCUGCUCAAGUCCAACAACGGCAUGGUCUCCACCCUCGCAACCACCAGCUACGUCAAGAAGGACUACAGCUUCGACGUGAAGAACGACGACGAGGAUGUGACGCUGGCCACCAAGGUCGUCACCUCCACCAUCACCGCCACCGUCGGCGACAGCGAGCCGCUCGCCGUCUACGCCGUGUCCAAGUUCCUGCAGCCCAAGGAGCUGUUCAAGGUCGUCCAGGCGCCGACGCCCGCGCCAGAGCCGUCAAAGAAGAAGGGCAAGACGGGAGAUGCCGAUGACGAGUCGUCGUCUGACGAUUCCGAUGAUUCCACGGCUGAUAAGGGUGCUGCGGCGCCAGCGGUGUUCGGCCGUUGGGCGACCGUGGCAGCGACGGUGGGGGCUGCAUUGGCGUUAUUGGCCUAAGAGCGAAGCCGGCCGGCUGCAGAAUUAUCUUGUGUUCAAAUUUGAUAAAUUGUAUACUUUUCUGGUAAAUUUUUAUCGGGUUUUUUCUACGGGAAAGUAGGCGGCUGGAUAUACUUAGUGAAGUGACUAUUUUUUUAAGUCUUGCUUGUUACUUUGAUGUAAUUAAUAUCGUUGUUAAUAAGAAGUCAACAUAUUUUCA